GGAAUGCAGAUCCCCACUUAACUCAGUCGUUGUUUUCCGUCGAAGCCUAAGAAAGCACGGAUUUGACAGAAGUAUAGAGUAUUACUUCUUGAAGCUAUGAUAUUGCUCUGGGCGAUCGUUCUUAUAUCGAGUGUGGAUCGAACAAAUGCUCGAUGUCUAGAAUCUGUGCACUUGGAACACGGUUCGACGGAAAUAGUAAAUGGAUCCAUUAUUUUUCAUUGCGAUCAAGGAUACUUUCUACAAGGAUCGAAAGUGUUCACCUGCGAUCGCGGUAUUCCUCGAGGGAAAAAACCAUUUUGCGCCAAAAGCGGUUGCCAGGAAUACGAACAAAUACAGAACGGAUUUGUUUUAAAUGCUCCUAUGAAAGCUAAAAUCAUAUGUUCGGAUGGCCAUGGGUUGGUUGGAAAUCGCAUUGCCUAUUGCGAUGGCGAGAAGUGGAGCACCCAGUUGGGAUCCUGCGCAUUAAGACGCCAGACGAUCGAUGUUUCCUGUGAUUUCGAGAGCGAGGAUAUGUGCGGCUGGACGGCGGAAUUGAGCUUCUUGGGAACUUGGAAACGGGUCAGUACGGUGGCCGACUUUCACUCUGAGAAAACGGGUCCCCAAAAAGAUCACACGUUCCAAAACCAAUCCAUCGGACACUACGUGCGCAUGGAGACGGAAAGCGAUGCUUUUGGAACCUACCACUUCCUAUCGCCACUGUAUCCCAAGGAGCUCAGUUUGAGUGGCGCCUGCUUCCAGUUUCACUACUUCAUGUUCGGCAGCGGAGUGGGUAGCCUGCUGGUGUCCAUAAAACCCGUUUCGGUGACUAUAGGAGACAUAUUUAAAACAAACCAUCCCUACAAGUUCGACCAAUUCGUGAUGACUGGAUCACAAGGUGCCAGGUGGCUGGAGCACACGAUCGAUAUCAAUAAGAUGGAUGAGGACUUCCAAGUGAUCUUUACCGCCACGGAUGCGAGGUCCCAAUACGGAGAUAUUGCCAUCGACGACGUGAAGCUGAUGGCAGCUAAGGAAUGUGCCAGGAGGUCUACCUUCAUCGAGGAACCAAAAAAACCAAUAGAAGAAUCGGAUAUCACGGAUUCACUGGGCUACCAAAUGACCGACUGCUCUGGUCGUUGUGGUCAGGACUUUGUUCGGGGAAGGUACAUCAAUGAAGGGUGUCGAUGCCAAGAAUCAUGUCUGGUGAACGGCAAUUGUUGCCUAAAUUAUGUCAAGGAGUGCCAUAAAGAUCUGGUCAUAGCUCCGUAUAAUGAACUCAAAUUCUGGAGGCUUUGGAAUCUUUGGAGCGGUGAUAGUAAUGUGACUGUCGUACCUAAAUAAGUUCCUAUCCCAAUACAUUUAACCGAAUCAUUAAAAGUACUUUUAAAAAUGAGUUUACAUAAUCAUUAGAGUG